AUGGAGAGGCUGGACAAGGGGACUUCUCAAAACCAAAACAGCCAGGUGAUGCAUGGCAUUGAUCAUAAGCUGUUGGAGUGGUAAAGUUUGGUGUGUAUCCUGGCAGUAGCAAUAACAAAGAUUCCCUGGAGAAGCUGGCUAGGAUUAAAGCAGCACCAAAAAUCAAGAAGAUGAUUGGUUGGGUAUUGCUCAGGUAGGUCAGAUGAUGAUGAGUUGCAUGUGUAAUCAAAUGGUGACGAGUGACAUUAGGGAAUAAUUUCAUUUGUCUUUUGCCCCAAUUCUAAUAGACUAUACCAUUUAUUUACCUGUUAUGAUAUCAUUUGCCAGUAGCAGUCCCUAAAGGCGAUUUGUUUUGACUUUCUUAUGGUGCAAUAUACAGAGGAUAUUACAUGGCCGUGCGGGGAUACGAAUUUUAUCUUCGAGCGCUGAAAGUAUCUCUUACGAGUGAGGGAAGCAAACGAGUGAGAGAUACUUUCAGCACGAGAAGAUAAAAUUCGUAUCCCUAAGCGGCCAUGUAAUGUUCUGUCUAUUUUAUAGAUACUGGUGAAAUUCCUACAUAAAACACAACUUUUUUUGGCAGGAAGCUCUCUUGUAAUUGGCUAAUCAUGUUAGUAACCAUGGCGACACUAAUAUCCUCACACGUGAAAGAUGAAAAUAGUAUUUUCACUGCACGAGAUGAAGAUAUGAUUUUUUAGUAAAAGGAAAAAUCCUGGUAUUUAAUCAGUAUCUAUAUAAUAAAUGUAAUUAAUAUAUUGAGGGAUACCAUUUUGAAAAUUGGUGAUUAUUGAUCCCUGGCUGCUACUCAUAUAGGCUUGGCAUUUCCUAGUAAUUGACACCUGACAGAAGGUGACCCAAAAAACCAACAAAUAGUUGAUUCAAUUUCCCGCAAAAUGACCCAGAAAGGAGCUUGAUGUUGACUUUGUGUCCUACUUGUUACUGCCAAUAAAACUUUGAACAAAAGGCUUGGCAUCCAUGGGCCAUUUCCGACUCUACUGACGUAUGGUAGAAGAAACCCGAGAAGCAUGCACUCCCCUGAACUUCACAAGCUUCUGUGAUAUGCAUUUUUCUAGUGAAGAAAAUUCAAUUCCAUUUCCCUAAAAAUAUUGAUCCAAAAGGCGCUUAAUCCUGACUUUGUCCCUAACUGUGGCACACAAAAAAAUGCCGACAUUGUAGAAGUCUUCAGAAAAUCGUAAAGAAGAAAGGUGAUUCCAUUAUCACAUCUGGCAAAUCAUGGUCGCCUUUUGUUUAACCGUGUUGCAAAUAUGCUCACCUACCCAUACCCGCAAACAGAAACAGUGUAUCUCAUGGUCCCUAUUUGUUCACUUCAAGGGACCCAACAACACCCUGAAAAAGAAAAGAAAUAAAACUCAAUCUCUUAUUAUUACAUAUUGAUGGAGCUGCUUAAUGUCGUAAUAUUUAUGCUGUUAUACCAUAAUUUCUCAAAAGGAAAACAAGUUCUCAGAGUAUUGCGUUUGCAAGUUGGGGUUAUGAAGCAUGGGAUCUUUACGAUGGAGAUCAUGACAAGAUAACAACAACCGUUUGGUGGUCAAGUCAAGAGCAAAGUUCCCUUACAGCAGUAAAGGUGAAUUUUAAACCUUAAGUUUAUCAUGUUACUAAAUAAUCUGGGAAGAGUAGCAGCUCUAAGCUCAACUGAAUAUCCUUAAGUUAACUCCCAUUUGGUCAGUAAGUCAAUUAGUCAAUCAAUUAAACAAUCAAUCGGUCAAUCAGUCCUUCAAUCACUCAAUCCAUCAACAAGGCAGACUUAAUUAGUCAGUAAGCUAAUAAAAUAGUCAAUCAUUCAAACAGUAUCAAAGAUCGUCAUGCAGUUAGUUUCUUAUCAAUCAUGUUAGUCAGUCAGUCAGUACAACAGGUAUUCUUGUAAACAGCCAUGAGUCAGCCAACCAAUUAAGCAGUCAGUUAAUGAAACUUUCACACUUUUUGUCAUUCACUCAGUCAAACAUAAAUCAGUCUGUUAAUAAACCUCUCAGUUCCAAAGACGUGCAGUCAGGCAGUUAGUCAGUCAGUCAGUCUGUCAGUCUGUCUGUCAGUCAGUCAGUCAGUCAGUCAGUCAGUCAGUCAAUCAAACAAUCAGACAGUUUUUGGUUUUGAAUCAAUUGAGUCGAUACACAGUGUAGCUAGCUGAUAGUGGUGGCACCAACAAGGCAAAGCAUGGGAUUUAGAGCUAUCUUGAGUUAGGUGAAACAUAGUAACAAAAAAGAUAAAAAGAAGUUUGUUGAUGAAUGAGAAUACCUUGUUGUUGGUUUUUUUUAGAGUGAAGUUUUGAAAGGUAAUUGUUUUGUUCCUUGCGGUUUUCUGUCUAGAGUAAUUUGCAAGGUUAAAGUGUUUUACAAAUGUUUAGUCAAUCAAUCAAUGAAACAGUCAGUCAAUCAUGAUGUCCAUUCCAUCAAAAAUACUGUCAUUCAGAUACUCAGCAAGGAGAGCAACAUUGAAUCGGUCAGACUUACAGUUAGUCAAUUAAUCAAUAAAUCAAAAAUUCAGUCAGUCAGGAAAUCAAUCAGUCAAUCAAACAGUCAGUCAGUCCAUCAAUUAAUCUAUUAAUCCAAGAAUCAAUUAGUUUAUGAGUUAGUAGAGUGAAUAAGAAACAAUUAUUUUUGAACUCCAUUUCUUUAAUAAGCACAUUGCUAAUAAUUGUAACAAUUAAGGAAGAAAAUGAUAUAAGCAUUACACUAUUGAGCCUCUCUAUGGGUCUACCUUUCUUCUUUUCCAUCAAAUCAUCAGUUUUUCAAUGAAAUCAAAGCAUAUCAAGAAUAAUUAUUACUGUUUUGUGAGGUAACUACUAGCAGCCACGGUGUAGAUGAGGGAAACAAGAAAAUAAGUUGUAAAAUCAUGCAACAGCUUUAAUAAGCAAAACAAAAGCUCUGAAUUGAUUUUGUCCUUCACAAUUAACUUGUGGGUUAUCCUAAGUCUUUGCCUGUUACGUAACAUUCCAUCUUUUGGUACUUUGUAGAUCAAAAGCAGUUACCCUGUCAUAAAAAUAAUGUAAAAUGAACUUUUUUCUUGUCAACAGGAUGAAUCUACAAGACUGAGAGACUCACUUAAGGGUAACAUCAAUCAUCAGGCUGGAGGACAUCACGAUUUGCCAUCGCUGUGCUCAGGUCCCUGGUAUCAAGUCCCAAGCCCCUGCUGGCAAUCAGUCAGGGUAAUUGUGCUUGUUACAAGACACUCACUCACAGUGGCGAGAAUGGCGAGAGGGCAAGCAGGACAACUGAUUUCCCCCUGGUGCAAGAGUUGGGUC